AGCUUUUCUUGAAAGUGCCUGUACAUGGUUGAGCAAGAUGGCUCCUUUUCUGUUGAAUCGGAUCUUUCUUCCUACCCUUUCUUGUCUGUAUACCCCUAUCAAAAGGUCUUGAUCUCAUCAGUUUCUACAAUAUUCCGUACUUACCUUCUCUUAUGAAUCCUUUCUGCUAUUGUCCCACUUUUAUCCUGCUAUCCUAAGAGGCCCAAAUUAGUUCGUGAUCGCUAGUCGAGGAUCCCCGCAUCUCCAUGUUUAUCUGGAAGUUUUCGGCAAUUGUCCUAUUGCCGUGAAAGCUUACUUCUCGCCGCGUGAGGCUUGAAUUCCAUUCUACUAAGCUCAUUUACAUACCGGUUGUGAAUAUCCCGUUCAAAGGUCAUUGAGAAUACAGAACCCUUUUGGAACACUGUCAAAAUGCCGUUUCUUGCUCAGAGUCAUAUCCCGAUUCCGACCCAGGACCUUUUGUCCUGGAUGUUCGACAAUCCUCAGUAUGAUGUGGAUAUGCCGAUUUAUAUUGACGCUGCCAAUCCGCAAAACUCAAUAUCUAAUCGACAGGCGAAGCUUAUGAUCAGAAAGAUGGCCGCUGGUUUCAAAAAAGCCGGGCUUCAAAAGGGGGAUGUUGUCUGUGUGCAUUCAUUCAAUGAUAUAUAUUAUCCGAUUGCAUUCCUGGGUAUCAUAGCAGCAGGAGGCAUCUUCGCUGGCACGAAUCCAUCAUACACCCCUUACGAAAUCUCGCACGCCAUUCGAACCGCCCAGAUCAAGUUCUUCAUUUGCGAGCCGGAAGUCAUGAAGAAUGUCCUCACAGCCUCCGAGACGUGCGGGAUACCGAAGAAGAAUGUCUUCGUCUUCAACUCACGCGGCCAAUCUGUUCCAGCUGGGUUUGAAUCGUGGACAUCCCUCAUGUCUCAGGGAGAAACGGAUUGGGAACGGUUCAACGAUAAAUACACCUGUGAAAGCACACCGGUUGCAAGACUGUUCAGCAGCGGGACGACCGGAUUACCGAAAGCAUUGGACACCACACACUACAACUUUAUUGCCCAGCACACCCUGGUGGUGGAACAUCGACCACGCCCCUAUCCAUUGCGAAGAUUGGUUUGCAAUCCCCUGUUCCACGUCAGCCAAGCUCCUCGGGUUCAUACCAGUGCGCUUCGAAGUGGAAUCACCACAUACAUCAUGCGCCGAUUCGAACUGGAGCCAUGGUUGAAGAAUGUUGAGCGAUACGAAAUCACCGAACUGAAUUUCGUGCCGAUGAUGGUCAUCACGGUCCUCUCGUCUGGACUUGCAACAAAAUCGACGUUCCGAUCCAUACGGAGCGCUUCAUCUGGAGCGGCUCCAUUGGAUAAAGCGCUUCAGCAACGCUUCCAACAGUACCUCGCCGAUGAUGUACCAUUUAGCCAGGUUUGGGGCAUGAGCGAAACAAGCUGCAUUGCCACCAUGUUCUACUAUCCGGAAUACGAUGACACAGGAAGCGUUGGUCGCUUCAUUCCCAAUUGUGACGCGAAGCUGGUCGAUGACAAUGGGAACGAUGUCAGUCGACCGGGUAUUCGAGGAGAACUUUGCGUUCGAGGACCGAUCGUCAUUCGCGGAUAUUUUAAUAACCCAAAAGCGAACCAAGAAAGCUGGGAUGAAGAUGGAUACUUCCACACUGGAGACAUUGGCUAUUGCACAGAGGACUUGAUGUUCUACAUUGUCGACAGGAAAAAGGAGCUGAUCAAGGUUCGCGGCUUUCAAGUGGCUCCCCCAGAGCUGGAAGCCGUUCUCCUGGAACAUCCCAACAUCAUCGACGCUGCCGUCAUUGGAGUUCAGAGGGGGAGCGAAGAAUCGGAGCUUCCAAGAGCCUAUGUGGUCCUUCGGUCAGGAACUUCUGCAUCGGAAUCGGAAGUACGGGAUUUCUCGAGUGCUCGCCUGGCGAGAUUCAAGAAUCUCGAUGGGGGCGUGCAGUUCGUUGAGUCCAUUCCAAAGAACGCAAGCGGGAAGAUAUUGAAGAACCAGUUGAGAGAGUGGGCGAAGAAGGAGAUGAGGGCCCGUCUCUAGAGCUAGGAAGUCGAUCGACAUUUGGGGCAGAAUUGAUGGCAUGCGCUUGGGGUAUUUUGGGAGUUUCCCUUUAUACGAAUACAGGUACAUAGAGGCGAAAGCACCAUUUCAUACUCCUUCAACUGCCUGUGUGGUGAGGCCCGCGGGCUAUCCACAUUUAUAUACUAUCUCCAUCCUUCUUGGAUUGACAUGCGAAUAGGCCGGUAUAGAACCGAGGUGGGAUUUCAGCCCAUGACAGAUUCCUUGCUCUAGUUCUCAUCGUCUGCAUAAGGAUUCCCUUAAUAAUGACCAUGAAUCAUGACGGAUGAGGACUGGUACUUUGUGUCUAACCCAUUUGGCGCUUUGUCGGUGUCGGUGUCGCGGAAUGGGAACAAGUUCCUCUCGGA